AUGGCGACAAACAACGAUGAUUUUAGAUGUAAAGUUUGUAAACAAAUAUAUACAAAUCCCGUGGUUCAUAGACUUUGUGGUAUUUCCUUUGAUCGAAGAUGUAUUGGAAGAAUAUGUCCAGCAGAAGAAUGUCGUCGAAUUAUUAAUGAAAAUGAUUUAAUAGAUAAUUAUACAUUGUUAAAAAUUGCUGAUGAAUAUCGAUUUACUUUAGAAAUACCUCCUACUUAUUAUCUUUUUCUACUUGAUACUAGUACUUCAAUGUGGUAUUCUGAUAGUUGGCUUCCUUUUGCCAUAGGCGAAAGUCGAUUCACACAUGCAAUACAGUUUUUAAACGAUUUUUUUAAAUUAAAAUUGAAUAAAAUGACUGAAAAAGUUUCAUUAGUUACAUUUGAUACAUCUCAAUUACAACGAUUCGAUUUCGAAAUAAUCAAUGAAACUCAUUUAACAAUGUUAAAAAAUUUAAAAUGUGAAGGUAAAGAUACAGCACUAUUCGAUGCUAUUACAUUUUGUCUAACAAAAAUUGAACAAUUAAAAAUAAUACUUGGUAAUCAAAUAUUAUCUUUAUAUCUUUUUAUACUUACUGAUGGAAGUAAUAAUUUUGGUACAAAAGAAUCUAUACAUGCUAGUGAAAUAUUAUGGCGUACAAGAAAACUUCAUAUAUCUGGUCAUAUUAUUCAACUAGGAGAUAAACAUAAAAAAAAAACAAGAACAGUAUGUGAUUUUAUUCAAUAUAAAUAUAAUCAUUUUACAGGUGGAAAUGUAAACGAAUUUGUUAAUUCAUUUACAAGUUCAAUUACAAUGGAAACUCAAGCUCGAAAUGUUCAAGUUCAAUCUUCAAUAAAUUCAACUGCAAUGAUGAUCAAACAACUACCCGAUGUACCAGAUAAACGCACAAAAGAACCAUCGAAACAAAAAGAACUUGCAUAA